AUGGACCUCCUGCCGGAUCUCGCCGGCCUCAUCCUGCGCCUACUGCCGUGCUACCUCGACCGCCUCCGCUUCCGGUGCGUCUGCCGCCGGUGGCGCCUGGCCGAGCGGCAGCAGCGGCCCCGCCUGCCGCCGGCGGUGCCCUUCGUCUUCCUGAACUACCGCGCCUUCCUAAGCCUCCCCGGCGGCGAGGCGCGCCGCGCCGGUGGAGAUGUCAGCUGCCGCGGCUGCUUCGACGGCUGGCUCCUGUACGGGCCGCUCGAGCACGACCGCUACAGCGGCGAUGUCGGCAGGUGCUUCCUGACGAACCCUCUCACCGGGGCCACCGUGGAGAUGCCGCUCCUUCUCAGCGACCGCGCGAGAACCAACGUGCUCUGCAUGCGCAAGGUCAUCGUGUGCUCGCCUGACCUCAUCGCGGUGUUCCUAGACGCCAGAUCGGUUGCGUUCUACCGUCCCGGUGCCGCGUCGUGGUCGCUCUGCCCAUCUGACGACGACGACGGUGGCCCCGACCGGGGAUCCUACGUGGACGUCGCCUUCUACCGUGGAAAGAUCUACGCCCUCAACACCGCGGACGAGCUCUUCGUCCACGACGUCGGCGCCGCCGCCGCCGGCGAAGGGGCGCCAAGGGCGGCGGCGGCGUCUCGUGUCGUCGAGCGCGCGAUCAAGGCAUAA